GCAUUGUCAAAAUGUUGGCAAAUGGCAACUCUUCCAUCUGUUUUAUUUUGCCCGAAUCUAUUUUCAUAACUCGAAUUGUAAAUUGUGUAUGCUAAAUGCGAAUGAAUUCAUUGUGUAUUGCAAUUUCAACUCAAAAUAUCGUCAAAAGAGUGUUCUUAUUUUAAGACUGAUUUCCACUAUUUAAUUACAAUUCUCGAUUUUGUAUAUCUUAAUUUGAUUUUAUUAUACUGUGGAUUAGAGAAAGAAAUUUAUAUUUUAAUAUUAUUCGAUUCAAACGUAACUCUAAGCCAUAGGUGUAUCAGAACAACAUUGUUGUGAUGACAUAAUGGUGUAAUAUCUAGUUUGUGAAAGAUAUCUGAAAACUUUACGAUAAUGGAACAGAAUAUGGACUCUCCGACUUCGGCAAGCCCUCAGCCGGAGCCCGAGGAUUGUGACAGUGAGACUGACUACUCCAGUAUUAGGGGGAAGAUGAUCUUGGUCAGCCCAAAUGCAGAUGAGUAUGACCUGCUUCGCAAACACCUGCUUGAGAGGCUAGAUACAGGCAAUGGAGAAGUCAUCUAUGAUAUAGGACAUGGAGAAGACGGCCGGGGCCUGACGGAGGAUGAGUACAGCGCGUCAGUGGCGACGCUGCAAUCGCUGGUGAGCGGAGAGCGCAUAUCGUGCGUGGAGCUGCGCCGCUGGGACUGCGGCACCGGCCUCACGGGCCAGUACCUGCUGCGCACGGAGCUCGACCACAACGACUUCAUGGAGAUCAGAGUGGCGGUAGUGGGAAACGUAGACGCUGGUAAGUCCACUCUGCUGGGCGUGCUAACCCACGGCGAGCUCGACAACGGGCGAGGGUACGCGCGACAGAGGCUGUUCCGUCACAAGCACGAGGCUGAGAGCGGGAGGACCAGCUCCGUGGGCAACGACAUCCUGGGCUUCGACAGCAUGGGAAACGUGGUAAACAAGCCGGAGCAUGGAGCGCUGGACUGGGUAAAGAUCUGUGAGAAGUCGUCGAAAGUGAUUACGUUCAUCGACCUGGCGGGACACGAGCGGUACCUCAAGACCACCGUGUUUGGCAUGACGGGGCACGCGCCAGACUUCGGCAUGCUAAUGAUUGGCGCCAACGCUGGUAUAGUUGGCAUGACCAAGGAGCACUUGGGACUGGCGCUGGCGCUAGCCGUGCCCGUGUUCGUGGUCGUCACUAAAAUCGACAUGUGCCCGCCCAAUGUGCUACAGGAUAAUUUGAAGCUGCUAAUAAGGAUCCUGAAGUCUUCCGGCUGCCGCAAGGUGCCAGUGAUGGUGAAGACCAAGGAUGACGUCAUUGUUAGCGCUACCAACUUCGUUUCUCAGAGGCUAUGCCCGAUAUUCCAAGUGUCGAACGUGACGGGCGACAAUCUGGAGCUGCUGACGAUGUUCCUCAACCUGCUCAAGACGAGGAUGCCCUCGACGGACGACAAGCCCGCCGAGUUCCAGAUCGAUGACACCUACUCCGUUCCCGGUGUGGGGACGGUGGUGUCCGGCACCACCCUGGCCGGCGUGAUACGUCUCAACGACACCCUGCUGCUGGGACCAGACCCGCUGGGCCGCUUUACGCCCAUCACGGUCAAGAGCAUCCACCGCAAGAGAAUGAGCGUGGCGGAGGUGCGAGGGGGCCAGACCGCAAGCUUCGCGCUCAAAAAGAUUAAGCGUUCCCAAAUCCGCAAGGGAAUGGUGAUGGUGUCUCCGGCACUGAACCCACAGGCUUGCUGGCAGUUCGAGGGCGAGAUUCUGGUGCUGCACCACCCCACCACCAUCUCCUCGAGAUACCAGGCUAUGGUGCACUGCGGCAGCAUCCGGCAGACGGCUUCGAUCCUCACGAUGUCCCGAGAGUGCCUGCGCACGGGCGACAAGGCGCUUGUGAGGUUCCGCUUCAUCAAGCACCCCGAAUACCUCAAGCGAGGACAGCGUAUGGUGUUCCGCGAGGGCCGCACCAAGGCCGUGGGGAACGUACUGCGGCCCGAGCCCGCCGUGACGGGAGCCCGAGCGCCGCCCGCGCGCCCCGUCCGCCAGUCCGCGCGCACCGGCCAGGGCUCCACAGACCACCGCUCGACGCCUCACACACAGCAACAACAGCAGCCGCAAACGACGGAAAGCGACGUGACCGCAGUGGACUCCCCGUUCGAGGUGCAAGCCGACAAGCGAGCAGCCGCGAGGCGCCGCAAGAGACACGACAAGCCUCCGCCCGCACCGGCGCCCGCACUCGCCGCCAACUAGGCACGCAGGCAGACAGACACACAUACAGACAUCACACAUACUACCAUGGAGUAGUGUGCCCCGACCCCAACAAUCCGCCGUCAACUGAUACACAUAUAUAGCCACAUAUAGAUAUACAAACAUCACACACACAGACAUACACGAUCACUACCCGCGAGUAGUGUGUACCCAGCCCACAACAAUCCGCCGUCAAUUGAUAUACAUAGAUAGAAACAGAGACGCAGAAAAUCACUUACACAGAUACAUAAAAACGGAGACCUUCGCACGCAUAACCUAACCUAAAUUUAUUAAAGAUUGUACCACACAUAAUCCGCCGCCUUAUACACACAGAUAGAAAUAUAGCCAGCCCUUAAAGCAUUGAUUUAUAAAAGGCGGUCGACGUCGUGUUAACUCGUAUAUUGCGCGAUAGAGAUGGCAUUAUAUCGCCCGCCCUUAAUGUCUCAGUAGACAUACACAGGUUACACAACAGAGAAAUACGCUUACAUUUUCGUCAUGCAAGAAAUAUGCCUAUCAAUCCGCCUUUAACUAGUUACAGAUAUUAUGAAGGCAUAACACAAACAAACGAUCAAUGUAUGUUCAGUAUAAAGAAAAGGUGCCAGCAACUGAACACACACACACACACAGAUAGUCAUAUAUUACGCACACAGACCUAUACGACUACUGUCAGAUAGCGCCCCAGUAGGCUCUGAUACUUUUUUAUAAGCAAUAAUAAUCAUAGCACUCAUUGUAGUUAUAAUUCCAUAUCGAAAUUUUUAUCUAUUAUAGUACUUAAUAGAAAAUUUAUAUUUUACUAUACGAAAUUUUGUGAAUGCCAAUAAAUUUUUAAUUCUAAUGUACAAAUGGCUAAAGUUACAACGAUGUACAGCCACACUCAUAUAUUUUAGUAAGCACAUAAUUUUUGUAUUCCUGCUAUAAAAUCGAUAUACAGAAACCUAAUGUGUAGGAAUUUAAGUUUAUUGUUGUAUCGAAAUUUGCGUCAAGAUAUAUGGUGCACGUUAAAAAAAUGUGUAGCAGAAGUGACAUAGAAAGCAGAAGAUAAAUGUUAUAGUGAAAGUUAUUUUAGAAUGUGAACGUCGAUGUUGAAAAUGACAUACAGUUUCGAAGCCUAGUUUUGAGUUCGCUCACUGUUUUAUCAUACGGGCAGAACGUUUGGCACCCUUUGUGAUACUUAUCGUUUUACGUGGUAUAUUAUUUUGUAACCCCUUUCCGAAUGACCUUGUUUAGAUGGAUAUGUAAAGUAAGUUCGCUCUUCCAUACAAUAAGUAAUUAGGGCAUUUACACUCUUAAAAUUUGCUUCAUGAUGGCACUAGUUUGGUAAAAUUGUUUUUGAAAAUAUUCUAAAUAAUUGAAAUAUAUAAAUUAUAGCAGUUAUAACUUUUAUUUUCAUUUUACAUUAACUUUUUUAUAGAAUAUAGUCCCGUUUUUUAGAGUUUAGAUAGUAAAGCAAAUAUAAUUUUAUAAAAAUGAUUCACAGUUUGUCUUCUCAUAUAUAGAAGUAAAUAGUUAAUAAGCUUUAUGUUGGCUGCAAUAAUUAUUUCCAAAAAAGAAUCAUUGAGUUACGCUCAAAACAUUAAAUUCUGUACAAGGUUCAAUCAUGACCUUCUCUUCUCUUGAAUGAAUAAAUUAAAAAAUAAAAUAGGGUGAAGUCUCUUCUUCAAUGCACAUCGAACAAAACAAACUACAUAUCAACAUUUAGUUUUACAAAACUGUCUGUAAGGGCGGCCAUAUAUGGGCCGCUUGAAGUUGUCGCGACCAUGUUAAGCUGUAACUGGAUAGCAUAUUACAAUGCUCUAAAAUUGAACGAGACCGGAUUCUCGUCUCGUAAGCUAAGUGAAAUUUCGUCGUGCGCUUAAACUGUUUUAAGACAGUAUGAUUUUUAAAGCUGUCGAUUGGUCUUGUUCAGUUAUCCCCUCCGUCCCAGUUACCGUCAUUAUCACUAUUUUACAGGCCGACAGGUCUUCUCCGAAAAUGCAUUGGGUUUAUGCUGUAGUCCGACACGCUGGCCAAUUGCGGCUUGGUAGUCUUUACACAGCUUUGAAAACAUUAUGGAAAACACUCAGUCAUGCAUGAUUCCUACCCUUCGCCGCUAAAGCAAAUUUAUAUUUAUUUUACAUAAACCUACAGUAUUAGAGUUUUAACCACAAGACUAUUACUUAUCAGUCGAAUUGUCAACUGUUUUAGCAGUAUACAGGUCGCUCUAAGUAUAUAAUAUGCAUAAGAGGCCUGUGUAUGGCCACUCUUAGUAACAUGAACACUAAAAACCCUUUAUUUUAAAAUGGUUCAGACUAGAAACUACACAUUAAUUUCAUACCCUGUUUAUAUUGUAUACAUUACUAAAUAUCAUCAACACAAUAUGAUUGUAUUGUAAAGAACUAUAAAAUCGUUUGCUUAGUGAAACUUGUAUGGACCUUGUUCUCUACAUUUCCCACUAAUAAUAUAUUAUAUCAAAGAAAUCGAUAACUUUUUCGUAAAAUACUUAAUACUGAUAGUGCAAUUUGUUUUCACUGGAACACAAGUACAAAUUCAUGUCCAAUACUUAUGCCUUGAAAAUGGGGAUAUGUAUUGUAAAUUAGCAUCUGUGUUGGAAAUAAGUAUAGGAAUUGAAAUUACCCAUAAUAUAAGCAUUACCAAAAAACUGGAGAUUAGUUUGUUACUACAAAAUACACCCCCAAAAAAGGCAAAAAAAUUGUGCUUGUUGAAUUCUGACGGUGAUUUAUUUCUGGAUAUAAAUUACUUAUUAUGAAGGAGAUAUUGCAGCUAUCCACUGUUUUGUGCUUAUUGUAUCCAGUGGCUCCCUCCCUUAUUUUAAAUAGUAUUUCCGCCUAUAAAUGGUCUACCAAUGCUACGUUUUCGGGAGUGUCCAUUCCAUCAGCUUGGGACAACAAUGCAAACAUCAAAAAAAUAUUGAUUAUAUUUUGUUUGUUUGAAAUUCGAAUAUAUUUCGUAAUAAGAGCAAAAGGUUUUUUUUUUGUUAUGUUUGGAUUUUACUGUAUAAUUUUAUGAC